AUGUCUCGUCAAUAUUCAAAUCAUUCGCAUCAUAGUUCCUCACAGAAUCACCCAUUUCAACGAUAUCGACAAUCAACACCCAACAAUUCUUCUUAUUAUCAACAUGUGCCAUACCGAGAAAUCAACAGUCGGCGCUUAAGUAUACCUCUAAGUCGUCCCACAACUGCUACAACAGUAUCAACAUCAAUUCCACACUAUGGUCUCGAAAAUUCCUCAGCUACAUCUUUUGCUCGUCGUCCGCCGUGGUCUGCUGGCAAUUGGGAAGAUCAACAUCGACCACCUUAUUAUCAGGAUAAUCGUACUAAACGUCAACGAGCAUCAUUAACAUCGAAUUUUCAAUCUCAUCACCGUCAAUAUGACCGCAAGCGUUCACGACAUAACGAACACGAACAUUAUCCAACACAAUCAAAUCAGCGAUCUACUACUAAUCCUAUAGUAACACAUAAUCGUUCUGCUCAAUUUCAUCAUCAUUCGCCACAUGUUUCGACGACGACCUAUCGUCAAUCAAUGCCUUUGCCUUCUCCUUCGCCAAACACACAUUACCAUCAAAAUGGAAUGAUAUUUGAAUCUCCACCAUAUCAUCCUGCUCCAUUCUAUCAGCAAACAUCAAUGUCUACGCAUAUACAUCAACGGCCUUCGCCAGCGUUUGUUCUUACUAAUUUACUUCAUCGUGUCAUCGAUACACAUGCAGCUUCGUACAGUGAUAAUCAUAUGCACCAUCAUCCACCAGCGGCAUCGAUUGAUCUAAUUGCAUAUGCAUGGAUAUCACCCAGUCAUGAAGUCGUCUCUCUACCGCCGACAUUCAAUAUGCAAUUCGGUGACUUCUUUGAUUUGACGAUUCCUGAUGAAACGCCAGUUGUUGGUUUAACUGAUACAGAACUCGAACGAAUACCAACAACAAUCUAUUCGACAACAUGUGCAGAUGUUUCUUCAGAUGAAAAAUGUACUAUAUGUUUGAGCGAAUACAAUCCGGGCGAGAAAGUCAAACAUCUACGUUGUAAACACAACUUUCACAGUGAAUGUAUCGAUCCAUGGUUGAAAACAUCAACUCGAUGUCCAGUAUGCCGUGGCGAACAGAUAAAUUGA